AUGUCUCAGGGCAUGCUUGGAUUUCACCUCGAUGCGAUAUAUCACACAUCCAUCCAACUCAACGGCCGUGAGUACGUCUACGAUGGUGGCAUCGUGGACAUUACUCCAGGCACGUCUCAUCUGGGCCAGCCCAUGGAGCGGAUUUUCCUUGGAAAGACAGAAUUACCUAUGGAGGCCUACGAUCUGUGGAAACACAACUGCAACAACUUCUCAGACUCGUUUUCUCAGUUCUUGAUUGGAAAGGGCAUCCCAGAGCAUAUCAUCAAGAUGCCUGAUGCUGUACUCAGCUCUCCGAUGGGCAGGAUGCUCAUGCCUCAACUGAACCAGGUCAUAAACUCCAACAGACAAAAUGGUUCAAUCCUUGGUAUCCAGAACAAUCCCACGCCCCAAGGCUUCGGAUCAGCGCCACAUCCCACAACCCCCCGGGCAAGUAUCAGGAUUGUCAGUAGCUCUCAAGAGCUGGACGCCGUCCUUGAUUCUGCAAAAAACUCAUGUGCUGUUGUUUUGUUCACCUCCUCUACUUGCCCUCCUUGCAGGGCCAUCUCACCCGUCUUCGAUGAAGUGUCCGCAGAGGCAGGCAGCAAGGCUACGUUUAUUAAAGUGGACGUUGCCCAGCUCACACCACUUCCUGGGAAGAACUACCCUCGAGCAACCCCGACAUUUAUCACGUAUUUGCACGGGGAAAAGGAGAACGAGUGGGCAGGUGCUGAUCCUGCUGCUCUUCGAGGCAACGUCCAGCUCUUGUUACAGAUGGCUUGGCCUAGGCAUCCUCACGAGUCCCUCAAACUUCCCAACUUUUCCAACCCAAAUGCAAAGCCAGUCUUGUUCUCGAAGGUGCCUCCACUGGCCAAAUUACUCGGCAAGAUGGGGUCGGCAGCAAACGAACCAGCCGUGCAGGCGACCAAGCAGUUCAUUGAAGCCCGCGAUAAGCAGGGUGCUGCCGCCGCCAUGCUCCCGAACAUGGUCGAGUUUUCGGGGUUUCUGCAGGCAUCAGUGCAGUCGUUGCCCAUCGAGAUUCUUUUUACCAUCGUCGACUUGUUCAGGUGUGCGCUCGUCGACGCAAGGUUUAGCGGCUACUUUGCCGAGGAAAAGGGGCACGCGGCUGUUUUGGCAAUCCUCAACCUCGUCAACUCACGCAGCGACUGCCCGUAUGCCUUGCGAUUGGUCACGCUGCAAAUGGCGUGCAACUUCUUUUCCACGCCGCUCUUCCCGGAGGAAAUUCUUCGAAACGAGACUUUGAGAGCACCAGUCAUCCAGCUGAUUUCGUCGAGUUUUUUGGACGACAGCCACAAUAAUAUUCGCGUGUCCGCUUCGUCCCUGAUGUUCAAUUUGGCACUGUUCAGCAACAAAGCAAGACGUGAGAAGUCGGGAGAUGUAUUGCCAGAUGGCGAUGCGGUAGAGCUGGCCGCAUCGGUGUUGGAAGCCAUUGGACAAGAGGAGUCUUCGCCAGAGGCACUGCAGGGCAUGCUUCUCGCACUGGGCAACUUGGUCUAUUGCACACCAGGUGACAGUGAAGUAUCGGAUCUGCUAAGGACGAUGGAUGCGGAGGACACGAUUCUGGCCAAGAAGAAGCAAUUCCCAAAUGAAAAGAUCAUCAUAGAGGUGGGCUCAGAGCUUUUGGGCAAGGGGCUUAGACGGCCAGAGACUGACGAAGAAAAUCCAGAGAUCGAGCGUGGUGCCGAGUGUCUAGUAGAGAUGGACCCCAUCACCCAGCAAACGACGCUUCUCGUGCCUAACGACAACGACCCUGCGAACGCGAGAGCAAAGACCAGAAAGGUUAUCGAGGAAAAGAGCUUCACAUUUGACAACUCUUUCUGGAGUCACGACCUUAGUGACAAGAAUUAUGCGCACCAGGAAGACGUCUACAACAGUCUGGGCGAGGAGUUUCUCGACCACAACUUUGAGGGCUAUCACACAUGCAUCUUCGCCUAUGGCCAGACGGGUUCCGGAAAGAGUUACACCAUGAUGGGAACGCCAGACCAGCCGGGCUUGAUCCCUCGGACGUGCGAGGAUCUCUUCGAGCGAAUCGAGUCCGCGCAAAACGAGACGCCCAAUAUUUCCUAUAACGUCAGGGUGUCAUACUUUGAAGUCUACAACGAGCACGUCCGCGAUCUGCUCGUUCCGGUUGUGGCCAAUCAGCCGCCGUACUAUCUCAAGAUCAGGGAGUCACCGACAGAGGGACCGUACGUGAAGGAUCUGACCGAGGUGCCUGUACGCAAUCUCAAUGAGAUUUUGCGAUACAUGACCAUGGGAGACAGAUCGAGAACCGUUGCCAGUACCAGAAUGAACGACACGAGUAGUCGCAGUCACGCGGUUUUCACCAUCAUGCUCAAGCAGAUCCACCACGACAUGGAAACGGACGAGACGACAGAGCGGAGUUCGCGUAUUCGGCUGGUCGAUCUGGCUGGCAGUGAACGUGCCAAGGCAACGGAGGCAACAGGCCAGCGGCUUCGUGAAGGUAGCAACAUCAACAAGUCGCUGACGACCCUCGGUCGAGUGAUAGGAGCGCUCGCCGAUGCCAAGGCUGGUUCGAGAAAGCGCAGCAAGGACGUCGUUCCGUACCGGGACUCGAUUCUCACGUGGCUGUUGAAGGAUUCGCUCGGAGGCAACAGUAAAACGGCAAUGAUUGCUUGCAUAGCGCCGUCAGAUUACGAGGAGACGCUGUCGACGCUUCGCUACGCAGAUCAAGCCAAGCGCAUUCGUACGCGCGCAGUUGUCAACCAGGACCAGAUUUCGUCCGCGGAGCGCGACGCCCAAAUCGCAGCUAUGGCGGACGAGAUUCGAGCCCUUCAGCUAUCCGUUUCGGAAUCGCGACGACGGGAGAAGGAUACCAAGGACCAGGAGGAGAAGCUUGAGGAGUACCAGAACCACGUUGCUACGAUGCAGCGCAUGAUGGAGGAGCGAAGUCUCGUCGCCGAGGGCAAGAUCCGCAGCCUACAGACGGAGAACGAAGCAUUGCGCCUGCAUCUUAAGCUCGCGCUCGAGAGUCUGAAGAACCCGAUCCCGGCCGUCACGAUUAAGCCACCAGAGGCCGAGGAAGCGGAGGACGAGGCUCAGAGGGCCAAGUCGGCGGGUCUCGAGGGCAAGGAAAAUGGCGAGGACGCCGAGUCAUUGUACGACGACUCGGACGAUACGGCGUACGACUCGGAUGUCAUGGAGGAUAAUGCCAGCGACAUGCAGGAGUACAUGCGCAGCCUGCUGAGCGAUCUGGGCAUGUUCCGGCGGAAGAUUGGAGACGAUAAGGAGCGCUGGGUCGGCGAGAGGCCGCCCGUUGGAAGCAAAAUGAAUAUGUAG